AUCNGACUAAUUAAUAAAGUUGUAUAAAAGAUAUAUAUUUGAAUAAUUUGGUUAAAAAAGGAACCAAUGACUACAAAUCUCGCAUACUUUAACGCACCGCCUGAGAGCUGGACCAUUCACGGUUACUACAAAUUUCGAAAACUACAAAGUGAUUUUAGUGGCGUUUUCCGCAAAGAGAACUCCUGGCUGAAUGACAAUCUGAAGACCAUCAUAAAUAACUUAGAGAGUAAAUUUAGCCAUCAAAAGGUAAAACGAGCACAGGAGCUACUUCAUAUUUUGAAGAACCAAAUGUCCGACGCAAACGUCGCCGUCUUUUGGAAAGAGGUCGAUCACGAAAGGGAACUGAAUAUCGUGCGGAAUGAAGGGAGGUUACAAUCCGUUAAAGUGACAACAGAUGGAGUCUUAAACGCAAUCAGGACAACAAAUGAAAUACACCAACAUAAUCUCUUAUCUUUGCUCCCGGCGGGAUAUAGUCCAAAAAUUGGCUUGAAUUCAGAUGAACAGAAUACAAAGUCAGAUUUCUCGUCCGAAUAUACUCCGUCUACACUGUUAGAUUCCUCAUCCGAAUAUACUCCUUCUGAUGAAUCAGGGGAAGACGAUGUUAUUUUAGUAAAGAUAGAACAGAUCUCCACCAAAAAGAAUCAAAUUGUAGUUCACCAGCGAAACCUGAGAAUACUGAGCUGAAUGAAAAAUACAGUGAUGAAUCGUUCGACAAGAACGAGAGAACGGCCAGUUUGAGAAAGAGUCAAAUCAUAGUGAUCAUGCCCUAGGAAAAAGAC